AUGUCCUCCCCUCUUGCGUCUCCACGAUCAUCCACCUCCUCGACCGAGAUGCACACCUCGGAACCCCCUCUUACGCCCAUGUCCGAGGUGGGUCUGGAGAAGGCGACCGAAAGCCUGAUCCUGCGAGAUCACGACAUGGAUGAGGAGGUCGUCUCUAUCCCAUCACCUGCGGGCGGGCGAGGCAAGGAGGCGGUCAUCAAGCCUAUAACGCAGGGCCGGCAGGCGUAUAGGACCCGCCCGGAUUCGCGGGAGACUGCCCAUGAUCAAUUCGCGGGGUUCUCAUUUGGCGGACCCCCAUCACUUGAGCAACCCAUCGGCCAGAACCACGCCUAUGCGGACGAGAUAGCUCCGUCUCCCGUCAUGGGCAGCCAUGGUCCAUCGCCCCUCGCAGCGCUCCCCAUCCCUUCAUCCCGCGGACCUCGGAGGUCCCCUAGUCCCCCUCUGCCCUCCGCAUCCUUCUCCUUCGGCUCCUGCCCCUCCAUGCCCCUCGCUAGCACCCCUACGGCGGAACUCGGCGCCUUCGAGUACCCGGACAACGAGUAUGGCCAACCUCACCCUGACCGCCCUCUCCCUUCCGCUUUACAGUCUACGGGCAUGCGCGCCUCUGACUCAACAUCCUCCACUUCCAGCUUCUCCUCCACCUCGUCCUCCUUCUCCCGGGGCUCAGCAUCAUCUAUCCGCGGGUCGGUCCCCCUCGGUCUGGCGCUCGGCGAAUCUCACCGCCGGAACAGCAUCAUCUCGCGUCCAACUCUGCACACUGCCCCCUCUUCCUCAUACACGAGAUACAGCUCUUCCUCUACCUCGGGCUAUCCUAGUAUGCCACAGACAAGGCGAAGUUCCACUACCUCCACAAUCACCACUAUCCCCUCUGCUGGUCGAAGACCAAGCAUCAUCCACUCUUCUACCACUGAGUUGGGCUCAACAGUCCCGCUACCUAGCAUCCCCUCCGCCUACCCCGGCGCCCCUGACGAGCCCUCGUCAUUCACCUCCACUACCGCCCCGUCUACGCCGUACAACGUCAAUAAACGGCGUGACUCUAUCCUCUUCACCCCAAAACACCUGCAUCAGCCCAUCCCACCCUCCCUACUCGCCCGGAGAGGUUCUAUGCCCGUCGCAGCCCUCGAGGGGAACGUACCUGGCUCGAGUCCUCGCCGGGCCUUCAAUUCCCGCUCGAGCAUCUCGAUUCCGGUAGCGGGCUACGGUGCCGCCGGGCAGAUAACGAGUCAUCGGCUGUACCAUCGGCGAGAGAGCGUGCUUAGUGUGGGCUCGAGUCAGGGGAGCGGAAGUACCGUGCGUGCACCGGGGGAAGAGGUGUCGAGGCGGUCUAGUCUGAGGGAGACGGGAAGAAGAGCUGGCAGCAGAGAAGUCGGAAGAAGAGAAAGCGCAGCAACGGAGACUGCGGAAGCGAAGGGCUCGGCGGAAGAGGAGCAGGAGAGAAGAGGGAGUGGUGGGCUCGCGAGGAGGGCGAGUAUGCCCAUACAUCACGCGCUGUCGUCGACGACGCGAGUGCAGGCACAACAGGCGUAUCGAUUUGGUGCCGGUGGGAGUGGGCCACUCUCAGCAUCGGACGCUUUGUCGAGCUCUCCGUCUUCGGCAUCUCGGUCGACUCUCCCUCCGUCGAGCUAUAAUUCCCCCUCACGUCGGUCGAAAGCUUUACAAUCAGGAGCACCGACAUCGGAUCUCGGUGUACCGGGAUCAAGGCGAGAAUCACAUUCCGGACCCGAAGCCGAGCACACUCGGAGGUGGACACCUAGACCUAGUCUGUCCGGACGGACCCUGUCGAGCUCGGAAGAGUCGGACGAGAGCGGGGAAGGUGCGAGCGAUGGUCUGGUCGAUGGGAGGGAGAAGAAUGCACAAAGCGGGGAGGGCGUAUUGUUCUCGGACCCAUUCUUGGGGUCCAGGCAGACUUCAGCGAAGGGGGAGGGCGACGGGGCGGAUACCGAGGAGCAGGCGGAUCUGGGGAGAAGGGACUCGUUGGCGCACAGAGGGAGGCCAACUCUGGAGACUGUGGAUUCGGACCAGACUGAGAGGGGAUGA